AUGGCGCAGGCCGUCAUCGUCAAAGCCUACUCAGUCCGCCACCCGUCCGUUCGCGAAGCCAUCGUCAAGGCCGGCAUCCCGCACACCGAGACCAAGAACGCGGCAAAAAGCACCAGGACUUUCACCAUCCAGGCCCCGUCCCCGACCCACUACACCCCCAACUCGCUGGCCGCGUUAUGCUGGAACGCGCUCAAGUUCCCUUACCACCACGCUGUGAAGAAUAGGAAUACCGUGGCUUGCUCGAAUGUGUAGGUUGGGGGAUGGAUGAAGAUGGGGGCGUAGGGUUGGGUUGGUUGGGAGUUGAGGGUGGAGAUGGGACAGAGAGACAGAGCGGCAUGCUGGUCGUGCCGGGAUGGGAUAGAUAGGGAUUCUUGCUAAUUGGGACUGCUUAAGCUGUGCUUGAUUAAUGGAAUUUCAGGGGUAUCUCCACUCUUUUGACUUGGAAUGUUGUGAC